CUCAGAAGUUGGUGAUAUCAAGUUUGAUGAGCUUCGGCCGAAUUUAUCCGGUCAUGUGACGGUACUUAGGGUAAUAUCCGGAAAAGCCGAGCUUUCCUCUCUGCACGGUGCUCGUGGAGAAGUAAUUUGUGAAUUAGCUGGACGCCUUCCACUUCCAAUUCUGUUGGUACAAAUGAGGACAAAUUUCCCUCCUGAAAUACCGUUGGUGCCCAACAACAGUUCGGAGGACGACAGCUGUUUUCUAGAAGUUCCAGAACCAUCAAUCUUGCGCUGCUUCUUCCUGUGCGGAGCUAACAAGGUUUGUCGAGCAGCCUACUACAACACAGGGGUGAAGAAAUGUGUUCACAUGUUACACGUUGAUGCAAGAAUACCAUCUGUGUUUAAAGAAGAUACCCCUACCUGGAUCCGAUAUACAAAAACCCACACUUCCUACAUCAAAGUAACGUAAACGGUACCUGGCACGUUUACUGAUCACCUAUACGGGUAUGACGAACCAGCAGGUCUCUUGUUUUCGCGUAUGUUACUGGGCAUGUUU